AUGGUGAAGGGCAGGCUGCUGCACCAGUCGGUUGCGAACACAUCAACGGCCUCGGCCGUCUCUCCUUCUCAGGCCCUCUCCAGCCUGACCAAUUCGCCCACCGCAUCAGGCGCUUCCAACGCUGGCACUGCCGCUGCUCUGGCAGCAGGGAGAGCAGCUGCUGCGGCAAGCACGGAUGGAGCUAUCUCUGCAGCUAUCAAGGCGGCAGCUGCAAGCGGGGCCGCACAAGCUGCAGCCGAGGCUGCCUUCAACGGCACAGCCACAUCUGCAGCAGUUGCUGCUGCUGCCGCAGCAAGCCACACAGCCGCCGCUGCUGCAGCUGCCCUGCAAGGCGAUGCGGGUGUAGCCAGUGCACAGGCCGCAGCUGCUGGAGAGUCUGCAGCUACUGCAGCUGUGGCUGCCGGUUUGUCUGGCGCCUCGUCAGCGGCAGCCGGUGACAUCACCGCUGCUGCGUCCACAAGCCAGAAGGCGUCAGUCAAUGGUGCCGGUCCCCUUGAGGGUGGCAGCAAGGCCGUCACAGACGAAGCAGCGGCAGCUGCCAAGAAAGAUGCCUCUACCAGCGCCACAGUUUCCAAGAGUUCUGCUGCAGGCGCAGCGGCAGCGGCCAACGGCGCAGUGAGUUCCACUGCGGCGGGCGGAGGCUCCUUUGCAAGCGCAACAGGCGGCAGCGGCCAGGACGCCCAGAUCAAUGCAGCCGGCACUCAAGGCGCCAGUUCAGGCGCUGCUGCAGAGCAGGCUGCCAGCUCAGCGGCGACGACGGUUGCAGCCGACAGGGCAGUGACAAACGUGAACGCCAGCAGACGGGGCGGCACGGCCACUUCUGUGGCUGUGGGAAACAAAAAUGCAGCUGGUUCUGCUGCAGCGGCCACCAAGGGCUCAGCGGAAGGCUCGGCGGCAGCUGCCGGGCGGCUGCCGAGUGUGGCAGCAUCUGCCACAAGCAAAGGAGCGGCUACGGGCGCGUCGUCCACUCAAGACACUGCAUCAUCGGCAGCCGCCAACAGAGUAGCAGGUGCCUCCACUGCAGCCUCUGGUGGUGCAGACAGCUCCUCGGGCACCACAAUCCCCAAUUUUCCAAUUGGAGGUUGA